AAUGCGUCUCUAAGUAGAUCGAAUGGGGCGUGUAAUCCCUUCGGGGGGGUCGUAAGAGCUUAAAAAUGGGUAUUUUAGUAUAGAAAUGUUUCUGCCAUGAGACGUUUGCUUCUCUGUGUUGUCGUCUGUUGGCUCUUUUCCCACACCGAGAACAGAAGGAAUUAUGGUCGGAAUCUGGCCUGCUUGACACACAACUUGUACAAGCACGAGAGUUCCUGCCCCGGGCCGCGGCGCAUCUUCUAUGCCUUCCAUCGCAUCAUCUUCAAUUGCACGAAGGUGUUCACCAAAUGCCCCAAGAUCCACAGGCACAACGAGUACACCACCCUGAAGCGUUGUCAGGAUGACUGCUACUUUCAUAUGAUAAUUCCGACCACACCGAAGCCAGCCAAUAGCUCGGGCAAUGGCACCACCAAUGGCACCACCGAUGGCGCCGCUGGAGGGGACGCAAACGCAGGAACUGCCACUGAGGAUGGGAAGAAGGAUGAAAAGGAUGAGAAGAAGGAUGAAAAGGAUGAGAAGAAGGAUGAGAAAAAGUCCGACUUUGAUGCAGAAGCCCUUAUGCGUGCGAAUCCCUACAAAUUUGUGGGUCGCAGGGGUGAUGGCAAAACUCAAAUGAAAACCCAGUCACGUGUCCAAAGUAACGUAGCUGAAAGGCGUAGAAGAAGGUCUCGACGGUAUCAUUAGAUUUCCAUAUUAAAUGCAAUAAAAUGGAAAUGCAGAUCUAAUUAGAUAGGGCUUUCAUCCUUCCUUUCGUCCUAGAAUAGAAUUUGAGACAGUUCAGUCAUCACUAAUCGAAUUAGGAACACCUGUUUACACCACACCCAGUUCUCUACAGUAGUUCAAUCGAGUAUCUUCAGCGAUGUGGUGCCCUCAGACUGUCGCGUUUCUGCUCCUUUUGUGGGGUCACUCGGCCCCUGUUCUCUCCGAUCGCUGCCUGGAAGCGAACCAGGGAAAGUCACUGGACUGCACGGGGCUACCGCAGCUCACCUACUACUACGAUGCGGUGGGAAAGCAGUGCGUUUCGAAGAGAUCCAAGUGCCUUUCUAGCCCCGUGGCGAAUAUGUUCGACACCAGACAGCUGUGCCUGGCCGAGUGCCAGCAUCACAUGCUCCGGGACUGAGACGCCUUCGCUUCCCCAGAGACACACACAUUCUCUCCACCAGAGACAAACACUCUCUCUUCACUAGGAUUAAAGCAAUGUUUUUUUGGCUUUUAGUGCACAAGA